CUCUGGUGUAGUUUUCCUGUAAUAUUUUUUAAUUAUUUAGAGAUAAUUAGUUAAUUGAAAGCAAAAUGUAUUAAAAUGAAUAUAAACUAUUGGUAACUAGUAGUUUUUAUAGUAUAAAGUUGCUCAGAAGAGCUCUUGUGGGACACAACAUACGCACUCACCUUACUGUUACGAGCCGGUUAACUAAAAAAAAGAAAAGUAAAACACCAAAGAAUAAAUUAAACACUAAUAACAUAAAUAAAGAGUCAAACAAACAAAAAAACGACAAUUUUAAGACACUUGUAUAAACAUCCUAUUCAUCAGCCAAUAUCAUUGACGACGACACACUUUAUGCCAUGAGCAAUUGUCUAAUUUUGAAGAAAAUCUAAAAACAAAAAUAAAAAAUAAUUAAAAAGCAGCUGUAUUGUGGAAAAGCACUUUUACUAUUCUCGUAUACAUAGUUUCAAAAGAAAAUUGACUCAGAAAAUAAACACAUUGCCUGUGUGUGUUUGAAUGUCUGGUUGCCAUUUAUUCAAGUGUUCUGCAGAAAAUAAUUAAUUAAAGAAAAAUAUUUAAUUGAAAGCGUAUAAUAUUUGGCCUGUUUGGCUUUAAAUAUAAAUAAGAUAAAGGCCUACUAUAAACAAUUAAUAACUUAACAAAAUGUCAAAAUUAUUUUUAUUACUGGUAUGCGCUGCCUUUUUAUUGGUGGUUAGCACAAUGCCAGCAUAUGCUGGCAUAACUCCACAUAAACAUGAAAAACACACCAGCAAAGAACGUGUCAAGGAUGGAUUUUAUCAGCCCAGAGAUGCUCAUCAUCAUGAAAAUGGUGAACACAAUGUGGAAUUUGAUCAUGAGGCCAUUAUUGGCAAUGUCAAAGAAGCCCAAGAAUUUGACAAUUUAUCGCCGGAGGAGUCAAAGAAACGUUUGACCGUAUUAAUACGUAUGAUGGAUUUAAAUAAUGAUCAAUUCAUCGAUCGUCACGAGCUGAAAGCCUGGAUAUUAAGGUCUUUUAAAAAACUUGCUGAAGAAGAGGCUGCUGAUCGUUUCGAAGAAAUGGAUCAAGAUAAUAAUGAUCAAGUGACCUGGAAAGAAUAUCUGCUUGAUGUUUAUGCCAUGGAAGAUGAAGGCUACAAAAAGGAAGUCAUCGAUUUUGAUAGUUAUGAUGAGGAACAAAAAAUGAUUAGAGAUGAUAAGGAAAUGUUCCAAGCGGCCGAUUUAAACAAGGAUGGCAUGUUAAAUUCUGAAGAAUUCGUACUAUUCCAAAAUCCCGAAGAACACCCACAAAUGCUGCCCGUAGUCUUGGAACAGACCAUGCGCGACAAGGAUACAAAUCAUGAUGGUAGAAUUGAUUUUAAGGAAUUUUUGGGAGAGACCGCUGAUCAUCAUGACAAAGAAUGGUUGAUCACCGAAAAGGAACGUUUCGACAAGGACUAUGAUUUGAAUAGUGAUGGCAUAUUGGCUGGUAAUGAAGUGCUUAGUUGGAUAGUGCCCAGCAAUGAUGUGGUGGCCACCGAUGAGGUUGAUCAUUUGUUUGUGUCCACAGAUGAAGAUCAUGAUGAUCGUUUGUCCUACUUUGAGAUUCUAAAUAACUAUGAAACAUUUGUGGGUAGUGAGGCCACUGAUUAUGGUGAUCAUUUACAAAAUAUACAUCAUUUGGCUGAUGAAUUGUAAAGUGUUGUGUGACGUGUAUGUAAGUUAUUUACAUAAGUGAUUGUAUUUAUUUUUCGUUUUGAUUUACAUCUACCUUAACUUCAUAUUACCUCCAAAUGUAGCUUUUAAGUUUAUUUAAAAGUGCUAUAAUUUUUUUUUAUUUUUUUUACAUUUAUUUUUUAUAAUUUAUCAUUAGUUUUAUUAAUGCCAAUAAUGUAAUGUUCAACCAAUAAGAAAAUAAUAAAAAAAAUACACAUAAACUUUUUAUGAAUAUCAAAAUAUAUUAAA